UGUGUUUUGUUCCAACAUAGUUCCCUGCAGAGUUGCCAAGGUUGUCCAAGUUGGAAUUUUCUUUCUCUUUUCUCGGCCAUAAUCGACGGCUCGGUGCAGAAAAUAACAUGGGAGACAAUUUACUGAGAUGGAUUCGCAUGUUUUGCAUGUUUUGUGCAGUGUCAGGUGAAGGUUGCUCCCUAAUCCUCAAGCCCUCCAGGGUUGUGGUGGGCUUUGGGGAGCCGGUGUCGGUCAGCUGUGAAGCUGCUCGCCCGGUCCGUGUCCUGGGCUGGGAGUCGGCCAUCAGUGCCACACACACACAGGAGGACCGGUCCGUCCAGUGGAAGGUGGACAGUCUCAUCGACUGGAUAGAGGAGCCCAUCUGCUAUGGGGUGUUUUUCACAGCUCCGAGACAGUGUGAGGAGAAACUCAACCUUGUCCUCUACAAAUCUCCAGACAGCGUCUCCAUCAGGCAGGUGAACCACACGGGCCCCAUGGUGGAAGGAAAAGAGUACCAGCUGCUCUGUGAGGUUCAGAAUAUCGCUCCUGUUCAGUAUCUCACCCUGAGGUGGUACAGAGGGCAGGCUGAGGUUUAUAACCACUCAUUCUCUGACCUCACGUCUUCCUCACCCGUCCAAGUAUCCUCUAUCCUUGUCGUCACGCCAACCAAAGCAGAGAAUGGAGCGCAGUAUAGGUGUGUAGCAGAGCUGGAGCUUGGACCAGAAGGGCCGCAGCCUCCUCCUACCGUGGCUUCAGAGCCUCUUAAUGCAUCUGUGUAUUUUCCUCCCACGUUCCUCAGUCCCGAACCGGAAGUUCUAGACUACGUAGAGGGUGCUGAAAUCACCUUAAACUGCACCGCCACAGGCAACCCCACACCUGUAUACAGCUGGCAAUCCUCCCAUCCUGUACAGGAGUGGAUGGAGGAUGAUGCCAUUGUUACCUCAUCCUCAUUGCUCCCAGGAACCUACACUUGCACUGCCUCCAAUAAACUGGAGAAGAAGAGCAAGCAGUUCACUGUCCAGGCGAAGACCAAAGGUGUUUGAGACAAGCAGCGUGUUGGAUCAGAUGACUACAUCAGACACACAGGGGGAAUUCCACUAAAUGGAAUUUUACUGUUGCUGCUUUGGAGAUGGAAAUGACAGUGACAUUCAUGACUGAAUGGAUGUUUAUGAGGAUCUUGUUAUCAUCCAGAAUUAGAUCUCAUAGAAAAACAGACCUGAAUAUACUAUGUUUGGUAACUGCCAUUUAAUUUGUCAGUGUUGGUUUAGUAUAUAGUCCACUUUUUAUGCUUUCCAUGUAUUAUUCUAUAUCUAAUUUAUAUUUUUUGCUAGAUUUAUUUUCCUAAUAAUGAAAUCAUAAUGUAACAUUACAAAAAUGUAGUUAUUCUUGAUAUAUCAAUGAUGACUAGCAGCAGCCUUUUACUGUAAAUAUGAACCGUUUCUUAAUUAUCUUAUCUUUAUCAAUAAAAUUUAAAUUUAAAAGA